AUGGGCGGCCGGGGCGGAGAGCACGGCGUGUGCGGGCAAAAGCGCGAACGAACGAGCGAACGAAACAGACGAUCAAUCAGUCAAUCAAUCGAACGAGUGAGGAAGAAGAGGAGGAGGGAUGACGGCGAGGACCCGUGGUCGGAAAAUCUCACCACACCACCGACUGUGCCAUUGAUGACUGCGACUGCAGCCGCCAGCCUACAGGAAUCCGGCUGCAGGUCUGCCCAUCCUGAUCGGGACGCCAUGGCAUGCAAGUCAUUGCAGCGCAAUUUCUCGUCGCAGUCGUCGGCGGGCGCGCUAGCAGCCAACGUUGCCCCGUCGUGGUCGCACCGGCGGCGUGGCUCGUGGUGCCAGGAUUCUCGGCAGGGGUCGCGGCGGGAAUCCAUGGGAAUCCGUGGGCAUCCAGGGGCUGCCCGCCCUGGGCUGCUGGGUCUCUGGGUCCGUCCUGGGUCUGCCCUGGGUUUCCCCUGGCUCGUCUUGCUGCUUCGGGCGGCCAUGAGCUCAUAA